UUUUUGCUAGUUAUCUUUUUGUUCGUGGGGAGGCCAGAUACAGAGAUGGAGCCUUAUAUAAAUUCAUAAGAAUCUUUUGAGGUAAAUGUGUAUAUAGGUAUUCACAGAAUUAAUAUGGUAAGGAGUAGUUAGGAAUAGUUGUCAUUCACAAGCAGUCACCGAUUAUCAUUAAAUGCAUAUACACCCAAUUCAAACCUAUAAUCCCCCCAAAACCCCUUAUAUCAUCUCAAUCUCAAUACAAUUUAUUAUUGUCCUUUGCCUUUUCCGUGACCACCUUCUUCUUCUUCUUCUUCUUCUUCUUCUUCUUCUUCUUCUUCUUCUUCUUUCAUUUCUCAACACCACUCUCAUUAUCUCUCUAUAAAUUCACCUUCUUUUCUUUCUUGGCCAAGUCAACCUCUCUCUCUAGCAGAAGAUGUUUAGGUUGAUCACAGGUAUAGCGGGGGCUAGUGGGUUCGGAUCAGCUUCGACGGCUGAACAGGUUACUCAAGGGAUUGAUGCUACAAAUCUGACGGCCAUUAUCACAGGUGGUGCAAGUGGGAUUGGUUUGGAAACUGCAAGAGUGUUAGCUCAGAGAAAUGCACAUGUUAUUAUUGCAGCAAGAAAUAUGGAAGCUGCAAAUGAAGCAAAACAGGCUAUUCUUCAAGAUUACAGCAAAGCUAGAGUCGAUAUCCUUAAACUCGACCUAGCUUCCCUCCACUCAGUCAAGGCCUUCACUCAUCACUUCCUUACUCUUAACCUUCCUCUCAACAUCUUAAUAAACAAUGCUGGUAUCAUGUUCUGCCCUUUUCAGCUCUCUGAAGAUGGGAUUGAGAUGCAGUUUGCUACAAAUCAUCUUGGCCACUUCUACUUGACUAACCUACUCCUAGACAAGAUGAAAGAAACAGCGAAAACCACGGGCAUCGAGGGCAGAAUUGUCAAUCUGUCAUCGGUAGCACAUCUACUCACCUAUCGAGAAGGGAUUGCAUUCGAACAGAUGAAUGAUAAAAACAAAUACGACGACAAGAAAGCAUAUGGGCAAUCCAAACUAGCCAACAUAUUGCACGCAAAUGAGCUCUCUAGGCGCCUGCAGAGUGAAGGAGUGAAUAUUACAGUAAAUUCAGUGCAUCCUGGGCUGAUCAUGACCAAUCUGUUCAGAUAUUCUGGGAUUUUUAUCAAAAUGUUGAAGCUGGCCACUUACAUUCUAUGGAAAAAUGUUCCUCAGGGCGCAGCCACGACGUGCUAUGUAGCGCUCCACCCCAACCUUAAAGGAGUGUCGGGGAAGUACUACGUGGACUGCAACGAGUUCAAGUCGGGCAGACUUGCUAGAGACGAGGCUUUGGCAAAGAGACUAUGGGAUUUCAGUUGCGACUUAGUUAAUAAGGCAGCUCGAAAAGUCUGAAGCUUCUACUCCGACUUACUACAAUAUUGUGUCGAACUACUUCAGUUCACAUCUUAUGUUUUUUCAUAAUGCUCAAACAAUACAAGAUAAUCAUAUGUGUGUCUUCUCCCAAAAAAUGCGUUCAACUUAAAAGUGACAAAUAUUUUUUGUCUCUGUGUUACGUUGUAGAAACUAUAUAUUGGUAAAUAAGUUAUUUUUCUGAAGAAUUUCUUUUUAAA